CGGGGGGGGCAGCGUGCAGCCUCGGCUCCUCUCGCCCAAGGGCAUCGCGGAGGAGCAGAUACCAUCCCAGGGCUUCCCCAAAUCCAGGGGCCGGUGGCCUUGGCCAAGCCGCUGCCAUCGGUGGUUCCCAAGCAGCUCGGGAAGGAGCGCUGGAGCAAAGGCCUUUUAAGCAGGAGCGUCAGCAGUGAAGCCUCCAGGAUUUGCUCUGCAUGUCUUCCUCAAGGUCGUCUUCUGAAAAUCACUGAACGCUGAAGAUGGAUAUUAAGCGUGUGAAGGACUAUAUCUCUUGGCUAUACUAUCAGUACCUCCUGGUCACCUGCAGCUAUGUGCUGGAGCCCUGGGAGCGGUCCAUGUUCCACACCAUCAUCGUGACUGUUUUCGCUAUGGUGGUUUACACAGCUUAUGUCUUUGUCCCCAUCCAUGUCCGCCUGGCUUUUGAGUUCUUCUCCCAGAUAUUUGGAGGAAAGCCCGAAAGCACAAUUUCCAUCGUGAACUGAACUUGCCUGAGUAGUAAUAAGCAGCUCAUGCAACUUGCAACGUGCGAUGUCUUCUUCAAUUUUAUGUAUUUAUUCUGAAGCAGUUUUGCAGUUAUAAAAAUACCGUUUCCUCAUACAAAACACAGCUUGUUUAAUUACCAUGGUUGAAAAACAGAGUAACGCAGUGACUUUUGGCCGCACAGUCCCUGUUAGAUGAAAUACAAGCCACCUUUUGCUGUGUGAUAAUGAAACACAUCACCUGGAGUGCCACAUUUACCUAAUAUUCAACCAACUCCCACUUUCAGCAUCCUAAAUUAAUCACACUGGGACAUAUGAAAUAGCAAAAGCGGUUUAUGAUAGCUCUGAGGAGGGGUACUAUGCCUAUUAUACACAAAGAGGUUCUGCUAACAGAGUGCAGUGGCAAAAUAUACCACGCCUUCUUUGACCCGGGUUAGAGAAUAUAAGGAGAUGAGUGUAAUACAGCAUGAUUUCAGUAUUAAUAUCUGGCUGUUUAUUGACUUCUCAUUUUUAAUGAAUGGGAAAUGAAAUUAUAAGAUAAAGUAAUAGGAGUAUGAACUUGAAUCCAACUUUUUGCAUCUAAGUUGCUGCAUCUGAGUUCAGAUGGUCUAAGACAGUUAAAAAAAAAGGUAUUAUAGGAAAUCUUGCCAUUUACUGAAAAUGACAGAAAGAAACAGAACUGGCUGUUUCAGUGCACUCCUGCUGCCUUUGAUAAAAACCAUGACAUCUUUUCUUUCUGCUUCCAUUCACCAAGGCAAGCAAUGUCCGUUUGCUCCUAAGGAAGAUGGCUCAGAAAACAAAGUGGAAGUAAUGUUUUAAUAACCACAGGGAACUCUGAAUGUUCACAGAGAUCUCCUUUAUAAAGAAGAAAUGAGAUUUAUUAUAAUUGAUGGGGGGCGGGGGAGAGGAGAAGAUUCUUGAACAAUGGAAAGUUUGUUGGGUUUUCCCUCUACACCAAAUCAAAUGUUAAUUGCAAAUCAUAAGUUAUAGCUAUACAAUGCAUGUCUCCAACAGCUGAUGCUACUGUUAUUAGAAGUGAGAGGUGCAAAAUGUAAAUAGCUUUCAAAUGAUGUCUGCACUCUUAUAGGAUUAAAAUAACACUCUUAACUUCUUUAUUAAGCUGCAGUGGGGUCCUGCAUGCUUAAAAGAACAAAGUGUGUUUGGAACCCGAGACAUGUGUUGAAGGUUGCACAUAUCUGAACAUGUGUAUGCAGUUUUUUCAGGUAAUAAUAAAUUUUAUUCUUCAGAAACAACA